AUGCGGAGGAGGCGGGGGCACGAGGCCCGUGCUGCGAUCGACGCGGGGCUGAACAGCAGCGACGUCACCGCCGCCGAUGCAGAGAGUCAGCGCUCCGCGUCGAAACGGUAUUCGCCGCUCACACCAAUAGCGAGUUUUGCUCCCGACGACCUGGCACGGUUGCGGCGCGCCGCCCCCGAUGCAUACCAGGCCCUCAUGCAGUACGAGCAGAUGUGCCGCCAAAACGCCGCCGUCGUCGAGGCGAAGGAGGUGGAGCUGCAGCGCUGCAUUGACGUUGGACAGGAGGUGCUAGGCCAGAUGGACCAGUUGCAGCAGCGCUGCUCGCAGCUUGCGAGGGAGCGCGACGACGCCGUGGCAAAGGCCAAGGAAUUACAGCAACGCUCAAGGCGACACGAGACGACGCCACCCCGCGGUGAGAGCAGCGAAGUACUCGCGGUGUUGCAGCGGAAACAGCAGGAGUUGGAUUCGUCACUUCGGGAGCAAUUACGGCAGAGCAAUGCGCAAGUGGAGCGGCUGCAAAAGGAAUUGGAGAAGCAACAGCAGUCGCAUGAGACGCUGAAACGUGAUUUGCAAGGCGCGGUUGAAGCGGCACGCUGUGCAGGCGUGAAGAGUGAGGUGGCGGAGGAGGCGCGGCGAUCAGCGGAGGCUUCACUUGCCGAGAUGCAGCGCUGCGUGGAGCAGCGGGAGCGGGAGGCCGCACACGCACAGACGGCACAGCGCGAGGCGGAGAACACCCUCCGGCAGCAGCAGCUUGAGUGGGCAGGAGUGUUGGCGAUGCAGCGCGAUCCGCAGCAACCGUCUGUGGAGCUGCUCAGCGCCUCCGCUCUGCUUGUAGCGCUGCACAACCAGCUGCAGGAUGUCAUCCUGAUGGUUGGCCGCAGCCAUAGCAAGAAACAGCAGCCAUCGUCGGCUCUUUUUUCACUGACGACACGCCUGCGUGUUCCGUCGAUGAUGAGUACCGACAUUUCUGCCGAGCAAGCGGCAGUAUCGUCAUCGUCGUCAUCAGCACUGGCAGCAACAACGCCGCAGUUGGAGCGCUGGCUUGCGCAAUCUCUCGACGAAACGACACGACUCGUGCCAGAACUAUCACGCCUGUUGCAGCAGUUAGAAGAGCGGCUACGUCGCGGAGAGGUGGAUCGGGAGCGAAACGAAUCUGAGCGGCGGGCUGCGCUUGACGAGACGCAGGACUUGACGCGCGAGAACGAGCAGCUGCGCCAGGCGCUCAUGGCGCUCAAGGUGGAAGUGCAGUCGCUCGAUGCGCAGACGGACCGACUCCGUGAGGUGGAUAGUCUAGAGGCACAGCGCCAAGUGAUGCACCGCGUCGCAGCGUUGGAGGAGGAGAAGCGUGCGGCACAGGGCACGCUACAGCGUGAACUCGAGCAGGUGCGGCGUCAGGGUGCGUCGGAGCUGGCGCUUCUGCAGGAGCAGCUUACGGAUGAGCGGCGCGCUGCAGAGAGAGAGAUCGAGUCGCUGCGCGCGGAGCUCAACAGGCGGCGGGAGGAUGAAAAGGCUGCUUCUGCUUUAACCAACGCUGGGGCGCAUCUACAGAUGGAGCAGCAUCAGCGCACGCUGCGUGCGAUAGUGGAUGAGCUCGAGUUAGAAAAUAAGCGACUGCGUGCAAAAGCUGUGAAUGACGUGGAAGAACUCCAGGCAGAGAUCCUUCGUUUAGAGCAGACUGUGCAGGGAGGCGAGUCUCACCACAAGCGACAGGAGCAGCAGUACGAGAAGGAACUGCAGCAGAUGGCUGAGGUGCAGCACGACUUGCAGCAGCGACUCAGCAGUGUAGAGUCUGUUGCCGCGAGUCGUGCAGAGCAGCUGCAGCGGGCCCGCAGCGAACUCGAUGCCGCCAUGGCAGAGGCGGCACACCUCGCCCGUGAUGUGACAGAUGCAAGACAAAGCGCGCGCGAGGCACGCGAGCAGCUUGCCGAAGAGAACAUACUUCUGCAGCAGCAGAUGGCAGGGGCCGUUACGAAGGCGCAGGCCGAAGCAAAGGAAGCGAGGGAGGCAAAGGAGGCGGUCACCGCCGCGCUCACCCGCCAGCUGCGGGACGCGGAGAUCGAGGGGGCGAAGCUGCAGGACGCCCUGCACCGCUCCACGCAGAGGGCAAAAGAGUUGACGGACUCGAUGGUGCCGGUUGAACGCUACGAGGAGAUGGAGACGGAGCUUAUGCAGAAGCGCGAACUCGCGCAGCAACUUGCGGCGUCGCUCGCCGCGGUGCAGGUGGAGGCAACGGUGUUGCGUGACCGUCUCGACGAACAGCAGCAGUGUUUGCGGGAAUGCGUGAACCAAAUGCCAUUGAGCCCCGUGCCCCAGUGCGCACAAGUGGCGUCGGUUCUGCAGGCGGCCGCGAAGAAGGCAGCCGCCCGCCUUGUUGUUGUCCUCCACGAGCAGCCCUCUGCCGCCCUCACUGCUUCUGUUAGCUCACCAUGUGACAACUCUGCUGUGGCUACGCCGCGUCAACCGGCGGAGGAGACGACACCCACCUUCAAGGUUGUGCGCUCGUCAGCGCUCUCUACUGCGCUGGCACCCCCGCUGUCAUGCACUAUGUCGCCUUCAUUCAGUCCAAGCGUGCAGCAGGAGCAAAUGGAACCUGGACAAAGCCCCAGCCGAACCCUAUCGCCUCCAACAUCGCCAGUGGUGGAAGAGCUGAGUUUCUCCCCUGCACUAGGCGGGUGGAACCAGUGUGAUCAGGUAACGACGUUUUCUGCAGCACUUGAGCAAUUCCUCAAAGAUCUGAUGUCUGCGUUGGAUCAAUUGCUGGUUCGGCCGUACUCUCAUUCAUGGGUGGCCUUGCGGCAGCUGCAUGACUCCUUCACUGGAUUGCCUCAACGGAUUAGUGAUACCCAUGGGCCACACGGCAGCAGCAACAACAUAAAUGGCGUUGCCUUUUUGGAGAAUGAAGGAUUAGAGAAGCAACACCAGGAGAAGGGUGAGGAGAAGAAGGACCAGGACGAAAAACAGCAACGCGAACAGCACGAGCAGGAGCAGCACCACCACCAGCCGCAGACAUAUGAGGAUGAUGCCAUGUUGUCCGCGGUGGUAGAUGGUAUACUUGAAGCCUACGUUGAUGCGUGUGCCACUCUGUUUCAUCAACUACGCCGCCAUGCAAUAAGCUAUGUACAGGAGAAGGAAGGUGGCUACCAGCGGUCGAGUCAUCGCCUCAACGCAGCCUGGGAAUCGCGUAUGUUGAAUGCCACCCGUAGUGUGGUGGAACGGGAACAGGAGCUCUGUACACAGCUGUUGACGGCACAACAAAAGCUAUUGAGAGCGCAGCAAUCCGCUCAAGAUGCGCAAACACAAUUAGACGAUGUGACAGCGCGGUGCCAAGAAUUUAGUACGCGCGUCGAGCACCUUGAGGAGCGGCUCGCUGCGAAGCAGCGUGAGUGGGAGAUGGAGAGGAUUCAGUGGCGCGACACGGUGAAUACGCUGCAGUCUGAGCGUGACACACAGAGACGGGAUAACGAGGAGCUGCGCGAGGAGCUGCAGCGGCGGCUAGAAGAGCUGCAGGCCGAGCUGCACAGCGCGCGCGAGGCGGAGUCGCAGAUCCGUCACGACACAGAAGCUGUGCGUACAGAGAUGCAGCAGGAGAUCUUGCGACUCGAGCGGGAACUGCAGGAGGCACGUGCUUCGCAGAGCAAAGCUGGUCACGCACUGCAGGAUAUACGUGAACAGCUGGCCGCCUCUAAUGUUUCACUGCAGCAGCGGCAGAACGAGGAGGCGGCGCGGGCGAGGCGGGCGGAGCGCACCAUUGAGGCGUUGCAGCAGGAACUCAGCAAUGCUCAUGCAGCCCACCAGGCGGUGCUGCACUCUCUGUCGGAGGAGGGGAACCGGUGCGCCGCUGCCGAGGAACAAUCCAAGACUCUCAGCCGCCAGCUGCUGGAGCAAUGCGGACAGACGGAGGAGCUGGAGCAGCGAGUGGCGGGCCUACAGGAGGCGUGGCGAGUGCAGCAACAGGUUCUCGACACUGAGGCGCAGAAAACCGAGGCGCUGCAAAAGGUGAAUCGUGCACUCGAACAGCGGCUAGCGGAGGUUGAGGGCGACAGGGAGCCCCUGCGCCAACAGCUGCAGAGCCUACUGCUACUGCAGCCGCGUUGA